UGCAGUCACUCUAAUCUAAGGAAGAGAGGGGCAUGGAUAUGCAGUCUUAACCAUUACACAACAGUAGAGUACUAUUUCUAUAUCUAAGAGAGACUGUAAAAUCUAUUUGAAAUCUCUCAAGGUGGUUUUCUCCAUGGGAUGGGUUUUGCCAGAUUUCCAUUCCUUCUUUCUGGUAUUAUCUCUCUCACUUCACGAUUUCAUACCUCUGGACCAUUCCUUUCCCUCUAUCAUACCACCUGCCUACCUUGUUACAGACUCAAUCAAUUUGAAGGGUUGGGUCCCAGGCUAAGCUCUGUCUUAAACAAAAUUGACAAGAGUGAGAGGAAUGAUCUUGAAAUAGGUACGGCGACUGGUUCUACCGGUUCUACAGAAUGUGCACAGAGCGUGAAACAAGAAAAUGAUAAGAAAGGAGUAUUGCGGAGGGAAGUGGAAGUGUAUCAUCCGUGGGCAGAGUGGAUUGACCUUGUAGACCGCCUGGCGGAGGGAAAUUAUUUUAAUGCCGCGGAAGGGGAUGACAAUGAGGAUGAUGUCGUUGACGAUGUGCCUGAUGGAAGUGAAGAGGAUAAAAGGGUUUUGAAGGCUCUCAGAAGUGCCUGUCGACGAUUUGGUCACGAGCGUUUUGAUAUUUUUAGGUCCUUGUCACGACGAGAUAUUCAGGUUAUUGUUGGUUCUGGUUGCCCCAGUUUAGAUGGAAAAGUUGUUAAUUCUGGGAAGCGUCUGAGAGCAUAUGUUAAUCUUAAUGAAGGGGAUGUGUGUAGUGCAUGCACUCUUAGAGCUUCUUGUGAGCGGGCUUAUGUAAUGCCACGCAGGGAGGACACUGCACGCACAGUAGAUGUGAUGCGGAUUUUAAUGACUUGUGCAUAUCAUCCUCUAAUCGGUCCUUCUAAACACAAGAUACAAAUGAGAAAAAAUGUUAAAGCAUCUGCUCGUAAAUUAUUGAAGCAGGUAGUUGAAUUGAGUGCAACUCCACUUGAUCCGAAUCUCCCAAAGCCUACCUUUGUGGGCCCCCCACCGAAAGUGAAAAAGUCUCAACCUUUUCCUAGAAAAAAGUUGGGACGGGAUGAUAUUGCAAAGAUGAGAGGAGAUUGGCAAUGUCCGAGGUGUGAUUUCAUGAACUUUGCCAAAAAUAAUGAAUGCCUACAAUGUGAUGAGAUUCGGCCUAAACCAAAGCUGCAUCAAGGGGAAUGGGAAUGCCCAGGGUGUGGUUAUGUAAACUAUAAAAAAAAUUUAGCUUGCCACAGGUGUGAAUGCAACCACCCACGGGGUGGUUAUUCAAAUUCUUCCACAGAGAGUACUCAGCAGUUCACACUUAGAGAAUGGAAGUGGAAGAAGCCAGUUGAUUGAGGAAACUCUUCAAUGCCCUUAGAUGAUUCUGUUGAUGCUGGCUUUAAUGGAACUGCUGGCUCUUAAAUUUUGCAAAUCGUUGUGCAACAUGUGAUGGCCCUUAAAUAGAAAAGUAGAAAAGUGAGAAUUAUUUCCUUCAACAUCAGGAAGUUAUCAUCAUCCCAACUCAAAUGGAGAACGUUGACGACUACGAAUAAUGAAAGUGUCAGUGACUAAAGUUGGAAGAUAUCAAAUGGUGAGUAUAUAUAAUGCUGACUACAAGCAGUCUAUUGUAUCUAGAGGUAAAGGUGUAGCUUUCUAUCAUACUUUGAUGGGUCCAAGACUCCAAACCUUCUGGCAGAAAAUCUGUAUGUGUUGGCAGUCGGAGCUGAUAAUAAGCUUACAAUAUACUGCUUUGCGUAUCAUCAAUAAUAUAAUAGUUAUGCUUA